CUGGAGGCUGUUGUUGACGAAGAAAGCUGAGCUCCUCCGACAAAAACAAGGGCUGGGACUCCAGCAGUGAGAGCAGUGUGCCUGACGCACGUUCAGCACAGGCUCAUCACCCAUUUUUUUCCCUAGAUGUUUUUUAAUGUUCCUUUAUAUUUUUUGAGAAUGUUGUCGGUGAAUUCAGCCCGUCAGCUCUACAAAAUGUUUUUCUCUCUGCACGUUGUUUUCCUCAGCGCGGCGAUCGUGGAGUGCAGCGCAGCAAACAGAAAUCAACAAGACUGCGUGAGGUCCGAUGGUGCGGAGUACAGAGGGGAACAACAAAGCUCUUCCUCAGGUCUGACCUGUCUAAACUGGACCAACACCACCAGGGACUAUGACGUUAACAUCCAUCCAGAUUCACAGACGGGUGCUGGAGAUCACAAUUACUGCCGAAACCCAGACUCCUCUGAGAGGCCUUGGUGCUACAUUGCUGGCCCAGAUGGGACAGUCCAGAGACAGUUCUGUGCAAUCGACACAUGCAAAGAACAAGCCUCCGCUGUGCCAGCAGAGGCCGAAUCCCUCGACCCCACAGGAACCACUCCGUCCUCAGAGAGCUUUCAGCCGGCCAAGUCGGGUCCUUCUCAGGGAGAAGUUGCUGCUGUGCAGCCAGUGAUGGGAAUCAGCCAGCGAGUGCGCACAGGACCCAAAAAGAAAAAGGACCUUGGCAUGCUCGGCUAUGUCAUCGGCAUUGGAAUGAUGGCGAUUAUAAUCAUCCUUGGAGUAGGCAUAACAUUUGGUUACUUCUACAAGCGGGGUCGAGACUUAAAGAAGCAACACGAGCAGCGAGUGUAUGAGCGCGAGAUGCAGAGGAUCACCCUGCCCCUUUCGGCUUUCUCCAACCCCACCUGCGAGCUGGUAGAUGAGAACACCAUCAAUAUCAUGGUGGAGCACGAGACGACCCCCGUGGAGAGCGUGGAGGGCGGGGACCCUCUCAUGGGCAAGCAAGCGGGUACCCCGGGAGCAUGAGUGCAUGUGUAGUCCUCAGACGGGACUGUGAUGACGUUUUUAUGGACCAAAACACUCCCAUCGUCCUUCCUCCCCUCUGCCUCCCUGAGUAACCUCUGUUUUAAAAGGAGUAGGGGAGCUUUGUACGCUCCAAAGACUUGAACAGAAUUCUGUGUCCUUUUCCUUUGUUUCAUACAUCUGAGGUGCAAACAAAAUAAGCUGAAACACAAUGGACAGUCAUGUCAUCUAGAAACCGUUAAGAGGAAUCUGUUGAUAAUGAAGGUAUCUUGUAAGGCCUUUUAUAUUUUUAUUUGAUAACCAAGGAAGUAAGGUCAUGGGCUGCCAACUUGAGUGACAGUUCUAGUCAAGUGGACGUUGACUGGUGUUUAUAAUUGUGUGUGAUGAAACCAGCUCAUUAUAAAGAGAUGGUGUUUUGAGUGAGGGGGUGUUUAUAACCUUUCGUUAUUUAGUUUCUAAUGUGGAGAAGGUGCUCUCCACAGGAGCUGUUUAGUCACAUGAUGACGAUGAGACUGAUUUUUUUUGUUUGGUUUUGUACUGACCCGCUGGCUGUGCCGAGGAAGAGGCGGACAAGAAAUGUGUGUGUAUAUGUAAAGGACUGCUUUGUCUUGGAGACACACUGGUGACACAGACACGAGUGUCCAAAAAUAGUCAUCCUCCUCUGAGAGGGGAUGAGGGAACAUGAGAUAAAACAGGUCCACUAAAGACAAGGGAAAUUGCCUUAGCAUGAUACAUCCGAAUGUAUUUGUUUAUCUUUUCCCAGAUUAUUUUUUUCCCUUCUCUUUGUACUCGACUGACAGGGCCAACACGGUUACAAACCAUGCUGGCGGUCCCUGAGAGACACGAAAGAGGACUUGGCCCUUUUCUACCACAGGUUAAGGAGUGACAGGAAAUAUACAGAGAGCUCUCAGGAAGCACGAGAGACUGUAGUUAGUCCUCAGGACAAAAUAACACUGCCACAUCACAGAAGAGAUGGCAUUAGAAAAAGAAAUAGCCUAAAGUCUGACUGUGCAGAGCGAGACCGUGAAUAUGGUUCAAGUGCUGUCGCCUGGUUAGAUUCUGACAUUUGAGUUUUGCACUUGAUGCUUCAGUGUAGAGACAAGAACGGAGUAGAAUAGAAAAAGUCCAAAGUUCGGAUUCAUUCAGAACAACAUUCAUAAACAUGAGUGCAUGUCCAUGGUUACCUGCUGUAGUAUGUUUGUAUUCAGGGGCCAUUUCCUUGCAUCUUAAAAAGUAGCACCACUGGUUUAAGAAGACAUUUAGUAAAUACCUGCCUGUAAUUCAAAAUCAUUGUACACAGAUUUUGUUUGUUACAGAUAAUGUGUCAUUACUUCGCAGUGUUUUGCCUGUGUGUUUGUUCUCAUUCCAGAUGAUCUUGUUUUGUGAUUAUUGUUGGAUCUACAUCACAGUUAAUCUUUGGUUUACUGCUGCUCUGUUAUUUUAAGUGUUUUAAAUGCUGGUUGUCAUUAUGAUUUACUUCUUCUAAGCAACAUGUUAAAAAUGCUGUUGUUCAUUGAAAUUUAGUACUUAUUUGUAUGAAUGCAGAGUGUCACUGCUGAGACUAAAAUAAAACAUAAAACACGGGCA